GAGCCUUCAGAGCAGCAGCAGCUUCACAAAAGAGACGAAGAAGAAGAAGAAGAAGAAGGAGGAGGAGGAGGAGAUAAUCAUCCGACCGCUGCUGCUUCAUACCGAGUCACCACCAGUUGAAAAGCAGCCUCAGACUUCGGCUACAUGAAGAUAAAGCUACGUAGAGCGAUGAUGGAGCAGAGGAAAAUGUCCAGAUGACGGCGAAUGACGGAGUCCAACUAUGCUGACAUAGCUGGUAGAUUGACAGCCGAACAGCGCGCCCUCCGUCCUGCCUCCGCCCGCCCGCCACCCGGCCAGUCAUGUUGCUGAGGAGGAAAGUGUGGGUUGCUACGGUGAUUGCCGCCAUCCUCUUCCUCAUGAUUGCUACCCACAGCAUCCAGAGGAGACACUCCCCGCUCUCCAGCAGGUCCAGUGGCAUAGACACUGGUCACACCGGGAGGCAGACAGAGGUUGAGCCCACAACAACUCCUAAACGGGUCCGUCUACUGACCCCCCCUUCUCCCAUUGACACCCAGGAGGAGGAGGAGGAGGAGGAUGAAGAAGAAGAGGAGGAGGAGGGGGAUGAAGAGGAGAUGGAGGAGGAUGAGCUUAAAGAAGACUACCAGUGUGGUUGUUCUGCGUCCUGCAUCUCUAACCCGGACGGGUCCGACUGGUUCCGCCAUCGCUACGACCACAGUCAGCAGCCUGUCAUCCGAGACACCAAGAACUUCGACCCUGACGCCCUCGAAUGGUGGCUGGGUCUUCAGCGGUCUGGUAGUGACAGGACCUUGGAGGAAGUGAUAGUAGAGAUGUUCCAGGUCAUUUCCCCGCCUACUGUGGACUUCAGGCCCCUCCCCUCCCGCUGCCGUAGCUGUGCAGUGGUCGGCAACUCUGGCAACCUGCUGCAAUCUGGACAUGGCAACCUGAUCAACUCUCACGACUCCGUGAUCCGAAUGAACAAGGCGGUGACUCGAGGAUAUGAGAAAGAUGUCGGGAAUCGGACGACGCAUCACUUCCUGUACCCAGAGAGCGCGGUGGACGUCGGCCGCGGUGUGAGCCUCGUCCUGCUGCCGUUCAAACUGAGAGACCUGGAGUGGCUGACCAGCGCGCUGUCCACCGGACAGGUCAAAAUGACCUACAUGAGGGUUAGAGAGCGAGUGGAGGCCGAUAAAGACAAGGUUUUGGUGGUGAACCCCGUGUUCUUCAAAUACGUCCACGAUCGUUGGACUGAGCAUCACGGUCGCUACCCGUCCACCGGCAUGUUGGCCAUCAUCUUUGCUCUGCACACUUGUGACCAGGUGUCGGUGUUCGGUUAUGGUGCCGACAAACAAGGAAACUGGCAUCAUUACUGGGAGGCCAAUCGCUACGCCGGCGCCUUCAGGAAGACGGGCGUCCACAGCGCCGACUACGAGACGCAGGUCAUCCUCCAGCUCGCCAAGGAAGGCAAGAUCAGCCUCCACCUGUGACCCAACCACUGGGCUGUUGACUGCUGCUCUGUAGGUCUAAUAGUUGGUCUGACUGUAAGUAAAACUGGACUCACGUCUGUCCUGUGGCACUAAACAGCGGACUCUGAGCCGACCCCAACACUUUGAUUUUUUUUUAUAUUAAUCACCACGUCUGCCUUAAGUCAGACAUCCGGGCAUGCUGGAUUGAGGAUGCUGCUGGGCAGAGACCUUUCGGAGUACCGUGAUUACCUGUGGACACAUCGAUGGUAGGUGGGUGCUGUAACACAUACCCUGUCCACCCACCUCAAAUGGUUUGUCUGGACCCUCGACCAUCCUGCCGUCUGAGGCUGCUGGGAUUGACCACAACAAGCUUUGCUCUGAGCGGGAAAAAAACCACAGACUUUUUAUACGUUUUUUUAAUUGGAUUUUAUAGACAUUAUACGGGGAAAACCUCUUUAAAAACAAGCACUUUGUCCGGAAGUAAGAAUGGUUGAAAGUGGCCAUAUCGUUGCUGUGCUCUCUAAUCACAUGAGAAGGUACUUUAUAUAGUUUAUGAACCAUCCCUUUUACAGUAAACCGUCCUGAUCCUCAAGUGUCCAGAGACGAAAUCACAACUUAAUCAGCAUGUGUGCUUUUUUUUUUUUUUUUUGUUUGCAAGCCAAUUCUCUAGGCCUCUCUCGACCACAUAUGGACACGAGGACAGUGAGUGGGAGGAGCUUGUGUGUGAGUGUCAUGAUUUUGUUUCACCUCCACUUUAAGUCAGUUGGCAGUGGAAGAUGUAGUGCAAUUUUUCCUAAAUGUCCAACCAAAAAUAACCAUGUGAAUGAGCGAGACUGCAUAUUCAGUCGGCCACAUCUGUCCUGUGGACGUUCAGGUACCUGUAGCUGAUCUUCUGUCACAGUUGUAGCAGCUUUUUCUUCAGGUGUUUGUUUGAGUCGAAUCCUGCCGUCCAUCUUCAGCGCUGAUGGACCCGGUCAGAACUGUUCAUGUGUAACGAUAGUGGUUUGUACUGUACACUCUGAGAGCCCAUGUAUUUUCUGCUGCCUCUGCCAUCAUGAACAAAUGACAUAAUGAUACUACAAAUUAGGCCUUUUUUUUUUAAUGUGGCAUUGAAACAAGUGGGUCAUUUGUCCAGAUUUCACCAUUUUAUUUAUUCAAAUUUAUUCAAAAUUUGUUGUCAUUUUGUGUUUACAGGGUAAAAGUUUUUAAGGAUGUGUUUGAAUUCCACUUGUGAACAUGAGAUUAAAUAGUAAGAAUUAGGGAUGUCCCGAUCCAGAUUUUUUUGAACCCGACUAUCCUCCGGUCCGAGUCCUGGUUCAGUCUUAAAUGAACCCCAAGAUUCAUAAAGGCUUUUCUUCUCUCACCUUCUUCUCCUAGGCCACGUAUGCACUGUGCAUCUGGAUUCAUGUCAAAGUUAUUGUAGUGUGGAGACGGCAGCUCAUAGUUUGUCCUCUUCUCCAGAAAUGUUCUGGUCAUCCAACGUCAUAAACUCCUCAACCCUCUCUGGAAUAUUUUUCUCCUUGACGCCGUCUCCAGGAAACUUUUUUCUCCUAUUAAACGUAGUCAUCAGCCUUCAGUGUUCAUUCGGUGCAGCCUUUGCCUGAGUGAACUCCAUGUGUUCAAUUGUCUACAUUUGUAAAGAUCUUCCUUCCAGUCAUGUGAUUUUUCUUCUACUUUGAUUUUUGGCAUUCUCGACCCUAACCAAGCCAACCACCGUUACAAACAGAAGAAGAAGAGGAAGAACACUACGGGGAUGUGGUUUUGGUUUGUGGCGGACCGAAAACAAGUAACUACAAAAGCUCAGACUUGGCUGCAGCUCGAUCUGAGGGUUUUUAGAAAAGCCUGGAUCUGCCCCCAAUACUAAUCGGGACGUCCCUAAUAAGAAUGAAUGUGUAGCACACAAGGCCCACAAACAACACUGUUCACGUUACAGUUGCUUCUCCAUGUGCACAGUUUGAAAAAAAUGAGCAUAUCAUCUCUCUAACCUCGCUGUUCUGCUUUUAGUUGUUUUGACUGGCAGCAGGAAGGUUUCCUAGCUCAGAAAUGGUCAUUCUUAGAAUUCCACAAAUGUGAACGUCUCCUAUUGGAUUACAGCGCGUUUGACUGGAUGCUGCCUCUGUGUCUGAGAGCUCCACUUUGAGGCUGGUUUGGGUGUAGGAUGUUUAUUGAGUGUUAAAUACUAGAGUUUUGGUUUGAUUAUUUUCCAAACACUUCUCUCUGCUUCAGAUUUUUUCUGAUCUUGACACCAUGAAUGACAGAGGUAGUAGCGCUCAUCUUCGGAGCCUUUUCACAGCUUCACACACCUGACGAUCACUGUGUACAGUCAGUGGGAUUGUCUGACUAUAAGAGUCAGAGUUUUUUUUUUUUUUGAUUUUUUAAUUGCCCGAAUCAGUUGUUGGAGAUGAAGCAGACUGGGAACAUAAACAUGAUCCUAAGUGCUAAGUUGUCGCCUGUCGUUAGCGCUGCUACAGUCUUGAAGGGUCAUUGAACUUAAGCUGGUUCUUGUGUGAAAACAGUCAAACGGUCUCUUAAAUUCUACCAACGAGUUGCCUGACGCCGUGGGUUAAUGUGAAACAUCUGCUGCCUGUUUUAUAUGUUUUCAUUCACUGCUGAGAUUUAAAGGUUUGUUGCCUCGUCCAGGAAACUUCCUGCCAGUAAACUAGGGAAUUAUCCAGUUCACAUGUUCUCUAUGAGUGUUUGAACGCGCCCGAGCUGGAUUUAACAUCUGGUUGCAAGGUUUCAGAACUGACCCGCCAAUUUGUUGUAUACAGAUUCUCGACUCUUUAUAAAUGUGGUUGCUGCGACUUCAAAUCCAAAGUCGUGCUCAUCAGAUUCAUCAGAUUCCCAGCAGCUCCCUGCUUCGUUUCCAUCAGGGAUGCAGGAAUGUGCAGGUGAAACCAACCAAAUCAGCUGCUUCUUUGAUUUAAAUCUGUAGAUUUAAAUCUGUAGAUUUAAAUCAAAUCUGUAGAUUUAAAUCACAGUCAGAAAAAUGGGCCUUGUACCUUUAUUUUUGAUUCCUCUGCGGGCGCAUACCAAAAUGCCUCGGGACGCAUCUGGGUGGAAUUAGGAGCAAUCAGAGGAGGCUUUGGAAAAAUGUAAACACUGAAGCAGAGCUGAACUGGGAUGGCGUCGAGUAAACAUCUGAACGAGCGCUGCCACUUUUGCAAUAGAAAUGAAAAGACUGAAACCUGAGAUAUUUCACAAGAAAUCUAAAGUUAGAUCCACAAACCUCUGAAAAGCGAACAAAGGAAAUCGACACUUUCUAGAAAAUGGGAGGAGGAACAUGCAAAUGAAGACGCUUCUGUUCAGACAGGGAUCAGGAUCUCCAGCCCACCAACCAGUAAAGUAGUAAAGUAGAAAGCCGGUUCUAAACUGAUGUCAAACUCAGUCUGCAUCUACAGACUGUAGCACGGACUCCAGGCACUUUAAAGUUUGUUAAUUUGGUUGUUUACUAAGUUGCCUUAAUGCCGCUCCUUUGUACAGCAGGUUACAGGACAUGAAUGAAUCAAUGAAUGAAUGACUGAAUGAAUCAAUGAAUGUUGCUACUGGUCCGACAAAGAUAAGAGGAGGAGGUCCAGACCAUAGAUACAAAACAGGAGAAGAAGUGGCCGCCAUCUUACUCAGGGAUGACUACACCCAUAGUAGAAAAUGUUAAUGUUAUGUUAAAAUUAGCCUCAAGGCUGAAUAUCAACUUAAAUGGCGUCUAAUGCAUAUUAUCAACUUUUUGUGCUAGAUUUAAUAAAAUGGUCCAAAUAUUCUGACAAUAUAUACUGCUACAAUAUAGCCCACUCAAAUGUAGCACAGGGUUAUUGAACAAACAGAAACGUUAGUGUAACUAGGACAAAAUAAUCAGUAAAAGCUAUUUUUUUUAACAUAUCAAUUAUGCUCAAGAUAGAUUCAUAUACACAAUUAUACAAGUUCAAAAGCUAAACUGACUUUAAAUACUAAAACAUAUAGAUUUGUUGUAUGUUGUAUUAGAGUUGUACACAGUGACUGUAGGCCAAUGUCAGACUUAACUCUGCUUAAAACAUUUAAAUUUAAUGUCACAACAUGUAUUUAGUGGAUCAUCUACUUGAGUACUUGUGGAAAACUAAUCCUAGCUAAUGUACACAAGUGCAAGUGAAAAAUAAAUCCAGCUGAACUAGGUUUUCAUCCUGUGUAAGAUGGCGGCAAAAUGAUGACGAGUGUGAGUGUGAUGUACAGUAUGUUCAGUUACCACAGCUUUAAUUCAGCUCAUCGUGUCUCAAACCGUGACUCCUAUCAAACAAAUCAGAGCCAUGUUGAUUAUCUUUCUUUUAUAGACACCAGACAGACUGUGACAUUUCAACUGAACCAGCGUAAACCCACUGCUGUCACUGUGAGUGAAAUAAAAACAAAUCUGAAAAUGAA